AUGAAGUUCGGGAAAGAGUUCGCGUCGCAGAUGGUGCCCAAGUGGCAAGAAGCAUACAUGGACUACAGCUACCUCAAGGCUGUCCUGAAAGAUGUCCUCAACAUCAGGAAGCGGGUGCAGACAGUCUCCCCGAAGGCAUCAACCCCGGGAGGCUCCGCAUUGAAGAGGGGGGUCUCCCUGCACCGAGCCUUCAGCGGGAUAACGAGCAGGCACAGGAGGAACCCCAACUCCCCCUUGGCAAGGGGAGGUGACGAGGAAGUCCUCUUUAACUCUGUCAGGGAGAACGGGUCGUCGUCGGGGGCCCGUAAUCAGACUACGUUCCUGAUGUCCUCCGAGGAAGGAGGCGAGUGCGAGCUCGUUUUCUUCAGGAGGCUCAAUGACGAGUUCAACAAAGUGGUCAUGUUAUACCGGAAGAAGGUACAAGAAGUUGUGGAAGAGGCCGAUGAGCUGACCAGGCAGAUGAAUGCUCAUGUUCGAUUUCAGGCCAGGAAUCACGCUGGUGUCUCCGAGCUUGAGCUGCCUCAAGAUUGCACUGCGAAUCUUCUAGGAAGAACGGCAACAAUGGCUGCUAUUCAGGAAGGCGAGAUGAGUGGCGAAGAACAAGUCGAGGGUGAAAGUAGAGGAAGUACAGAGAAUCCAACUAGUCCUUCAGCAGGCAGGGUUGAGGAAAUCGGAGGAGAGAAUGAUGCAGGCAUUUGUCGUGUUUUACCAAAAGCUUCGGCUUCUGAAGAGCUACUGUUUCGUAUUUUUGACAUGCAAAGCUUCCCGAAUCAACUGGCAUUCUCCAAAAUCAUGAAGAAGUACGACAAGAUCGCUUUGAGGAGUGCAUCAAAGCCGUACUUGAAGAUGGUGGACAGUUCUUACCUCGGAAGCUCCGAUGAGGUCAUAUUCAUUGCCUAUGAGAUCACUGAUUGCAGCUUUUUUGGGUGCAUGUUAGCACUUAUAGCGGCUAUUGUAGUGGUAAUUCACACGAGAGAUAUCUUCAAUGGCUCAGGACGUUUCCAGUACACGGACAAGUAUAUGGACAGCAUAUUUCGCCUGUAUAGCUUGUAUGGUUUCAUUGUCCUGCACAUGUUCAUGUAUGCUGGAAACAUAUACUUCUGGAGGCGUUAUCGGAUCAAUUACUCGUUCAUAUUUGGCUUCAAGCAAGGUACAGAAUUGGGUUAUCGAGAAGUCCUCCUCCUCGGUUUUGGACUCGCAAUACUAACGCUAGCUGGUGUGCUAUCAAAUCUUGACAUGGAGAUGGACCCAAAAACUCAAGAAUUCCAAGCUCUCACGGAGAUAGAUCCCCUUGCCUUACUCCUUGCAUGGAUGAUUUCAACUCUCAUUUCAUUUUCUCAGUUUAAGCCAUCGAUAAAAUUACUUAUUGCGAACUUCAAAUCUUAG